AUGUCUCUGCGUGUCCUGGUGCUGGUCCUCUUGAUGGUGGCUGAUCCUGACCUUGUUGACGGGAAGUGUUUGGUCCAAGAUGGCCGCUUAGAGUGUACGGAUGCUUGCUCAUCGGACGUUGCUCAAGCGGCGGUGUUCGAUGACUCGUUCGUGAUGACCGGCGGUGUUUUGGACUUGAGCUGCCUAGAUUACUUCAACAUCAAGAGAGUGAAGUUGUUGGAGCCAAUCCAGUGUGAAGGUGACAUCCCUGUUGGGGUUGUCGAUCCUCUUUCUUUCUGCCACUGGGGUCAAUGGGAUGAAGGCAUUCCAGACAUUCCGUUGACGGAUGGCGAGGUUGUGGUCACGACUACGACAAUCCUAUCCACGACUUCUCCUCUGCUAUCUUCUUCCGUAUCUUCGGCAGCGACAUCUGCCGUUCCCGUCGUUCCUGUCAUCAUCUCUACUUCGACUGCGAAAGAACAAGUGACUAAGAAGCCUUCCAUACUUUUGGCUGUUUUGAACAAUUUCUUGGACAUUCCUGAGACGCGUCUUUUUUCUGGGGAAAACACCAACCUGACUUUGACCGUUUCGGAUGGAAAGACGACCCUGACUGCGGAAUUUCUUUCAAAUGGUAUCAUCGCUUUAAUUAGCGGUCUUAGUUUUACCGUUCUGAGUUUGGUUGCUGGUUUGGUGUGGCACUGCUUGCGCAAAAAGCCCAAUGACACUAAUGUUGAAUCAGGGGUAAAAAUAGAAGAAAUAGAAAUGCAAGAUCUGUCUAAACCCAAAACAUUUGAUGAAAUUCACUCUUCCUCUGUCUCUGAAGACUCUACUAGUGGAUUUGCAACUAUUCGUUCCAGAAUUCCUAAAUUGACGACUUUCAAACCAAGCUUGGUUCCAGCCAUUGCUGAGGAUGCUGGAAGCACUGGGGAGGCUAGUUCAGCAUAUUUUUGGGUUGGCAUGACUCUUAAUUGCAUGGCUUGCUGGUGUUUCCCUGUUUGUUUCGCUUUUGCUCAGGCUUGGUUCCAGCCAUUGCUGAGGAUGCUGGAAGCACUGGGGAGGCUAGUUCAGCAUUCGGAAGUGCAAGUGCCGGACCUUCUCUCAUCACCUGUUCCAGUACCGAUGAAUCCGCCAUUGUCCCCUUCACCACUGCUAUCGUUAGAUGAAGAGCUGGGCAACACUGAAGACACUCAAGACAAUGAAGCGUUAGAUGUCAGUGUUGAUGACUUUGUUUCUGUCGCGACGCCGAUGAAUCCGCCAUUGUCCCCUUCACCACUGCUAUCGUUGGAUGAAGAGCUGGGCAACACUGAAGACACUCAAGACAAUGAAGCAUUAGAUGUCAGUGUUGAUGACUUUGUUUCUGUCGCGAAUAUCUUGACAAAAAUGUCUCUGCGUGUCCUGGUGCUGGUCCUCUUGAUGGUGGCUGAUCCUGACCUUGUUGACGGGAAGUGUUCGGUCCAAGAUGGCCGCUUAGAAUGUACGGAUGCUUGCUCAUCGGACGUUGCUCAAGCGGCAGCGUUCGAUGACUCGUUUGUGAUGACCGGCGGUGUUUUGGACUUGAGCUGCCUCGAUUACUUCAACAUCAAGAGGGUGGAAUUGUUGGAGCCAAUUCAAUGUGAAGGUGACAUCCCUAUUGGGGUCAUCAAUCCUCCAUCUUUCUGUCGAGGGAGUGAAUGGGAUGAAAGUAUUCCGGAUAUCCCGUUGACGGAUGGUGAGGUUGCUUUCACAACUGCGGCUAUCCCCUCCACGACCUCUCUUCCGCUAUCUUCUUCCGUAUCUUCGGCAGCAACAUCUGCCGUUCCUGUCAUCAUUUCUACUUUGGCUGCGAAAGAACAAGUGACUAAGAAGCCUUCCAUACUCUUGGCUGUUCUAAACAAUUUCUCGGACAUUCCUGAGACGCGUCUUUUUUCGGGGGAAAAUACGAACCUGACUUUGACCGUUUCGGAUGGGAAAACGACCCUGACUGCGGAAUUUCUUUCAAACGGUAUCAUUGCUUUAAUUAGCGGUCUCAGUUUUACCGUUCUGAGUUUGGUCGCUGGUUUGGUGUGGCACUGCUUGCGCAAAAAGGCUUGGUUCCAGCCAUUGCUGAGGAUGCUGGAAGCACUGGGGAGGCUAGCUCAGCAUUUGGAAGUGCAAGUGCCGGACCUUCUCGCAUCACCUGUUCCAGUGCCGAUGAAUCCACCAUUGUCCCCUUCACAACUGCUAUCGUUGGAUGAAGAGCUGGGCAACACUGAAGACACUCAAGACAAUGAAGCGUUAGAUGUCAGUGUUGAUGACUUUGUUUCUGUCGCGAGUGAAUAA